CGAGAGAGGGUUUUCAUUAUCCGACCACCAGAUAAUAGUAGACGGAAACAGAGGCAAAAGCAGGCGAAAAGGGCAAAAUAGAAUAGCUCACAAUUAAGCUGUCGAUGCCAAAUAAUACUCUCCCUCUGGGCUUUUUGCCGCCAUCCUAUUCCAGUUCCUAUUACUCCUCCGCCUGCAUUCCCCUGGUUGGUUUUGAUAUUGCUACUAACCUUCCGCCCCCCAGGCUCGACCAACAAUGACAUUCCCCGGCUUCAAGCAGCCAAAUCUUGAUUUUGUUUUUUCCAUGGUCAGUUGCCGCUGCAUUCGACCAUGGCUUUAUCCCCCUAACAGCUACAGCUAGCGAUUGAACACUAGCUGUUUGUUCCGCUGUUGCGCGGGGGCUGCCGUUUUCGCCCCCCUAAAGCCCCUUUGCCCGCGCACAGCUGAUCAGCAAACGCCCAAUCAGUACCUACUGCUUGUUUCAUCCUCCGGUGCUCUUCUCAUCCACAAACCAAAGUUAACCUCUACGUCAGAUCGCGGAUAUAUCAGCGCGAUAGAAAGGGAAGAUGCCAGCCCAUGAUGCUGCCACAUUGGCUUUUUGGACCCGGUUUCCGGGGGUUGUUCCACCCCCCCUCCCCCCUUCUGGGGAGGAUAUAAAUACGAGCUAAAGAGCGCAAUGGAACUGAUAUCUUGUCCAUUAUUAUUCCUCCUUUAUAGUUACAUGAGUAACCACCUGUUCUACUGUCUACCUCGCUGCGCCUUCUCUUCUCCAGAGCGAUCCUAUCGGUUUCAUCUUCAUUCGUGACUGUUAUCCAGUUACAUUAGUUAUCCGUCUCUGCGCUGCUAAUUAACAGCCCAGGAAUCCCCGUCGAGCGAUCGGAAGGCUUCACGAUUUCAGACAUCCCAAAGGAAUUGUCCAACCUCGUUUCUAUCAUCUUCCAAUUGAUCCAAUUCUCAAACAACAAUGUCGUCUCGAGGAGCCCUUCUGAUAGGAAAUAUUGACCACUGCAAGACUGAGUGGGAUAAUUUUUCCUCUAUUGUUUCUCUGCACCAAUACGGUCAAGGAAACCGAGAUGAGUUUAUCGCCAACUGCAAAAGCGGCAAGUAUGAUGGUGUCGUCGCCAUAUAUCGGUCGAACGAAUCGACUAAGGUAACCGGUCCUUUCGAUGCCGAGCUUCUCGAUGCUCUCCCGAAAUCUCUUGAGUUCAUCUGCCACAACGGGGCAGGAUAUGACAAUAUCGACAUCGCAACAUGCACCAAAAAAGGAAUUCGUGUUUCUAGCACCCCCGUAGCGGUUGCCCCUGCAACCGCAGACGUUGCCAUUUUCUUGAUGAUCGGAGCGUUAAGACAACUGUGGACUCCAUUGUCUGCUGUUCGAGCAGGAGAAUGGCGAGGCGAGACGGUGCUGGGGAAUGAUCCCCAAGGAAAAGUGCUAGGGAUCCUAGGCAUGGGAGGGAUCGGAAAGGAGGUUGCCCAUCGUGCCAAGGCCUUUGGAAUGAAGGUUAUAUAUCAUAAUCGAAAGAGAGCCGACCCAGAACCUGAAGGAACCGAAUACGUCACCUUCGAUGCUCUCCUUUCGCGAUCCGACGUCAUUAGCAUCAAUUGUACCUUGACGGAUCAGACUAGACAUAUCAUCAGGGAGCGUGAGUUCGCGAAGAUGAAGACUGGCGUGGUUAUUGUCAAUACCGCGCGCGGGGCUGUGAUCGAUGAGAAAGCGCUUGUGGAAGCUCUGGGAACUAAGGUUGCAUCUGUCGGUCUUGACGUCUACGAGCACGAACCCAAGAUCGAGCCGGUUCUGCGUGAACAUCCAAGGGCUUUCUUGCUCCCACACAUUGGGACUUUCACACGCGAAACGCAAAAGAAAAUGGAGGAACUUGUACUCCGUAAUCUCAGGUCGUGUUUGGAGCACGACAUCUUGAUCACCAUGGUUCCUGAACAGCGGAUGGCUUUCCCCUAAGGCCACGUACGCAUACAAGCGAAUUCCCGCUGCGGCACCGGGGAGGGACUCUUGAAGAAAAUCAGUAUUGGCAGUCAAUGAGGAUUGGGUCGUGUCCAUUAAUUUUUUAUUUAAGUUUAUCUGUUUUGAUUUGGGUGCGUUGAAAAAUGAUAUCAUAAAUUUUCUGCCGAUUUCAUCUGCGCAUGUUGAAGAAUAUUGGACUCAAAGCAAGCCCUUUGUAAAUAUAGUUUCCAGAAGUAAGAUAGCAUCCGCGUAGUAUUCAACUGCAGACCAGCGCUCCUAAAGAAACCCUGUC